AUGUCCUCGACCUCGCUGAAUGACAAGGAGAAAAAUCCAAGCCCAGAGCACGAGACAACAGAGGCCUCUCUGGAUAAUGCUUUCAUCAAACGAUUCCCAUUCGUGGGUCGGGUGCUCAGCCGGCUGUUUGCUAGUGGGGUUGAAGCGAGGGGCGUCGAAAGAGUCCCAGAGGAUGAACGAGAAGUCAAGAAUAUGUGGAACAAGUCCGUUGCUAUCCUUUCAGCUUCCCGUCAACUGCUGACCGUCAUUGUCGGUAGUUUGCUCAUGUGGUGGUCUGUCAACACGGUCCUCACCACACUCCCCAUUGGUGUUCUGGCCCAAGAAUUCUUUUUUCUCACUCUCCCGCACGCAAUUGCGACCAUCUUCUGCUUCACCGCUCUCGGGGCCGUUCUCACAUCCUUCAUCUCCACUUUGGGCCCACGAACUGGCCUCCGUACUAUGAUCAUAACACGUUACAGUUCAGGCUACAUCGGCUGCACCAUCUAUUCCAUUCUCAAUAUACUCACUCAACUUGGCUUUUCUGUAACCGCCGUCAUUUUGGGCGGGCAAACACUCGCUUCCAUCAACCCGGGCACCCUACCGCUGGUCGCAGGGGUAGUGAUCGUCGGGAUAUGUAGCCUAGUCCCUUGUUUUAUCGGUUACAACAUGGUUCAUCACUACGAGCGUUAUGCUUGGAUGGUGCUUUUUGUCGUUAUGAUCAUGCUCCUUGGCCUAGGUGCGCACGCCGGCUACGAUAUAGACGCACAGAAACCUUUUGAGGAUAAAGGAAGAGCUCUUUCUUCUGAUAUCCUCAGUUUUGGUGGUAUCGUCUUUGGCUCGGUGGCUGGGUGGGCGCCUGUCGCUGCGGACUACAACUGCAGACUUCCAGUCAAUACAUCCACCGUUAAAGUCUUCACUCUGACUUUCUUUGGCUUGUUCAUCCCCAUCGCGUUUGUUGAAAUUCUGGGAGCUCUCCUCAUGACCAUAACGAGUGAGGCAUAUACUGAAGCUUUCAAAAACGGCGGUACUGGAGGUCUUCUCGGUCAACUUCUCUCUCCGUGGCAUGGCUUUGGCAAGUUCAUUCUUUUCCUCUUAGCAUUCUCCGUGAUUGCCAACAACGUCCCCAACACUUACUCUGCAGCACUCUCCAUCCAAGCACUCGGGCGUCCGUUCGCCAAAGUUCCGAGAUUCCUGUGGACUUUGAUCAUUUUCAUUGCCUACACCGUCGCGGGUGUUGCUGGUCGCGAGCAUUUUGCCGAAAUCCUUUCCAAUUUCCUCGCUAUCCUCUCUUACUGGACCGCCUUCUUCAUCGUCAUCGUUGCCGAGGAACACUUCCUGUUCCGGCGCCCUGGGGGUAAACUUGGAGGGUACAAUUUAGACGACUGGGAUGCGCCGUCCAAGCUUCCCCUGGGCAUUGCGGGGGUGUCGGCGGGCUGUUGUGGGGUAGCGGGGGCUGUGGUCGGGAUGGCAGAGGUUUGGUACACUGGCCCAAUUGGUGUCAAGGCUGGAGCAGAGUUCGGUGCCGAUCUUGGGUUUGAGCUUGCUGCCGCAUUUGCAGGCGUAACAUUCCCUCUCUUCAGAUGGAUUGAGAUACGUUAUACCGGGCGGUAG